UCCCUAUUCCCUAUACGCCCCACUCUCUGCCGCAGAGAGUGGGCUUCGUGUUCUUACUUUUGCAGCAUAUCUUAUAAUUCAACUUUCUCUCCUUUUCUUUCGAUCAAUAUUCAACUUUCUCUUCUGUUGGUUGCAAAAUUUCAACUCCUUCCAGCUCCAAAAAAAGAAAUAUUAGAGAAAGAAUUUAAUAUUUAGAUACUACUUUUAGGAAUUCAGGCAGAAACAAUUUAAUCUAACAGGGUGGAAGUUUGAAUCUUUCUUUCUUUUUCCUGUCCUCCCCGUGGAUGGGUGAAGAGGGAUUACCAGGUGAUGUUAAAAACAGAGUCAAAACAGCUCCAAAAUUGACAUUAUUGCCGCUUAUUGCUUUGAUAUUCUAUGAUGUAUCUGGAGGUCCUUUUGGUGUGGAGGAUACGGUGAAGGCAGGAGGUGGUCCUUUGCUGUCUUUACUUGGUUUCUUGAUAUUUCCUUUAAUUUGGAGUGUUCCUGAAGCUCUAGUUACAGCAGAGCUAGCCACAAGCUUUCCUGAAAAUGGUGGAUAUGUUAUUUGGAUAUCUUCAGCUUUUGGUAGUUUUUGGGGUUUUCAAGAAGGGUUUUGGAAAUGGUUUAGUGGGGUUAUGGAUAAUGCCCUUUAUCCUGUGCUGUUUCUUGAUUACUUGAAGCAUUCUUUUCCCAUUUUUAACAGAUUAAUUGCUCGAAUUCCUGCUCUUUUAGGUAUUACAGCUUCUUUGACGUAUUUGAACUAUAGGGGCCUACACAUUGUUGGAUUUUCAGCUGUUUCACUUGCUGCUUUCUCACUCUUUCCAUUUGUUGUAAUGGGUAUGCUUUCGAUUCCUCAAAUUAGGCCUAAACAAUGGCUGGUUGUAGAUUUUAGUAAAGUGGAUUGGAGGGAAUACUUCAAUAGCAUGUUUUGGAAUCUGAAUUAUUGGGACAAGGCUAGUACUCUUGCAGGGGAGGUUGAAAACCCCAGUAAGACAUUCCCAAAGGCACUAUUUGGGGCUGUGAUUUUGGUUGUCUCUUCAUAUUUGGUUCCACUUCUUGCUGGAACUGGGGCUUUGAGGACCUCAUCGAGUGAGUGGAGCGAUGGAUACUUUGCGGAAGUUGGGAUGUUAAUAGGAGGAGUUUGGCUUAAAUGGUGGAUCCAAGCGGCUUCCGCUAUGUCUAAUUUAGGACUAUUUGAGGCUGAAAUGAGCGGUGAUGCCUUUCAGCUUCUUGGCAUGAGCGAGAUGGGAAUGCUCCCAGCUAUCUUUGCUAAAAGAUCAAAAUAUGGGACGCCGACCAUUAGCAUACUGUGUUCUGCUACUGGAGUUGUGUUCUUGUCAUGGAUGAGUUUUCAAGAAAUCUUGGAAUUUCUGAACUUCUUAUAUGCCAUAGGAAUGCUUCUCGAAUUUGCAGCUUUUAUAAAACUGAGAGUAAAGAAACCAGAACUGCAUAGACCUUAUAAAGUCCCCUUGGAAACAUUUGGUGCAACAUUGCUUUGCCUACCUCCUUCAAUAUUGCUUGUUCUUGUCAUGUGCCUGGCUUCUCUAAGAACAUUCUUAGUAAGUGGUGCUGUUAUUUUUCUUGGAUUCAUCUUAUACCCUACUCUAGUUCAAGCCAAGGACAGGAAUUGGAUCAAAUUUGAUGCAGAACAACCAGAAGUACCUUCUUCCAGUACGGUCGCUGCUGACGGCAGUCAAGAAGUUGCAGUUGUAGAUGAAGCAUCUGUCAUGCUUCUUUCAGAUCUGUCAACUACAGAAACAGACCAAGAAGGCCACGAGACACAAUAAAGAUCGUAUAGACGUUUCCUUUAUUCUAUCAAUAGAGUAUAUGAAGCAGCAUUAUUGUUUAAUAAUGUCCAUAUCUUAUCUCAGAUCCUCAGUGGCUCAAGGAACACAUUAUUUUGCAUUAAUCUUUGCUAUAUAUAUUCAGUACACGUGGUCUUGUACCACUGAGAAAGGGACUCGGAUGUCUCAAUUAUCUCUAGGAAUUUAAUAUUCAGCAUGUUUAUAUUCUUGAGAAAUUGAAUGAUAGCAUUUCAUGCUACAAAGAAAAAUAAUAAAUUUUUGGAAAAACUUUGUCUAAA